UACUAUUUGUCCUUAGACUUAUUUAUCUUUUAUUUUCGUCAUAAGCAUAUUACAUAAAUAAAAACAAACUAUUACGUACUCUCUUGCUACGUAGUACGUACUAUCCUGCAAGUUUUCUUCGAUAAGUCACUACUGUGUUUCUACGAUGCAGCAGCAGCAGCAGAAGGGCGUCCGUAUGUGUUUCUGUCUGCCUGUGUUGUGACUUGUGAAAGGUGUCUGGCUGUCUUUCUAGAUGGUGAUGACAAUAUAUCAACUGAGCGGUGACUGGUGAUGAAGGGAGCUUGUCUGUGUCUGUCUGUAUGUGUGUGUGUGUAUGGUGACUGCUGGUGAAGUGUAGGUGUCUGUGUGUGGUGACUUGGUGAAGUGUAGGUGUGAUUCGUGUGUGUAUUAUGUAUGGUGACUGUGUGCUUAACCUAACCUAAUCUAACCCGGUGAAGUGUGUCUGUGUUUAAUAGAAUGUUUGUGUGGUGACGAGUGAACUGUGUGUGUGUGUGUGUGUGUGUGCGCGCGUGUGUGUGACCCUCCUCCCUCCCAAACGUGUGAGCCCCUCCAAGUACCAUGGCAUUGGAGGGCAGCCGUACACUUCACUUCUUCGAUUUGCCGGACAUUGUGAGGGAGAAGAUCCUGGGUUACCUCACCUUUGAAGAGCUGGCACAUCUCAGGAUCGUUUGUCGAAGCUUUGAUGCUAUUAACCAGAUGCUCCUGAACAAAGGGUUUCGGCAGGUGGAGAGGUACCAAGCCAAAUGCCUGAAGGAGGUGAAGAGUCAGCUGCCGCGACGGGAAUCAGAGCGCAGGAAUCAUCCUCUUUUCCGUCACUGUGACAUUCUCACCGCAAUAGAGACACGUCUCUCUCUUCUCAACAUGACAUUCAUGAAAUAUGUGGACAGUGAAAUGUGCUGCUUUAUCCCAGGAAAGGUCAUUGAUGAAAUAUAUCGAGUAUUGCGCUUCAUCCAGUCCCACAAAACAUUGCCGUGUUCGCAUGAGAUCCUCACUGAGCUUCGAGACAUAUCCAGCAUGGCCAUGGAACACUUUGAGGAAAAGAUUGUCUGCUCCUUAAAGCCUCCUGCUCUUUCUCCAAGUGCACCACGUUUCUCAUUCAAAACAGCUCUUGCAACUCAUUCUCCACAACCAGGAACCAGCGCUGCAAGUACUUCACUCGGCAAAUCCCAUUCCCUGCCAACAUCAUCAGAAGACUUAUCUGAAUUAGCAAACUCCAACAAGUACUACAAACUGUAUAUUGGUGCCAUGAAGAAAGAGUUCUUUGACAUGAAAUCUAAGGUUAAUGAAUUGCGACGAAAGAUGAGUGAGCAAGAAAAAGUGGCUCUGGAGCAGAAUCGAAUCAUAUCUGAGCAGGCAAUUAAACUAACAAAGCAGGAGGGAAAACUUGCAGAGGUCAACCGAAAGCUGACGGAAUAUGACCAGCGAUUGAAUGAAGUGGUGGGAGGAGCUGCCAGUGUAAGAGAUAAGCAAAGUGGAAGCUCCAACAGCACAAGUAACAAGUGGGGAAGAGAAGACUCUUCCCAGCAGUUCUAUGUCACUCAUGGUCUUCCAAAUCCAGCAAUGAGUCCAGCUGUCUUUGUUCCUGCUAAUAUUAUACAGCCAAACUUGGUCAACUUGGCUGCUGCUUCCAUGUCCGCCCGUGCAUACCUCCCAUCGUCACCUCUGACUGGGUUCUCUGGUGCUUCUUCAGGACAAGAAUCCUCAUCAGUGUUGAGUCAAACAAUGAAUUCCUCAGCUAGAUUUAGUGCCAGCCAUUGUUUACAAGGGACUUUUGCUAGCUGCUCCACCCCCCCUUCAGAAACCACCUCUCAGACAGACACUAGCUCUGUACGUGGCUCCACCGCCAGCAGUGAAGAAGGAUGUACAGAUACUCUACAGUGCAAGAAGCGUACAAAAAGAAAAUUCCUGGAUGAAGAUGAAAAUAAUGAUUCUCAUUCUAAACAAACAAAGCUUUAAGACUAUGGAUCCUUCGUCAUUCUAUGGUAGACAUGAUGACCAAGACACCUCUGAUGAAGAUUUUACUCUCACCAAGGUAAGCUACUCGAGUAGCAGUGAAGAAAGUGAUGAAGCAGGAGAGACAGGAACUAAUGGAGCAGAUGAACUAGGAGAAAUAGAUGAUGAGUCUGCAUCUACCAGUAGGCUUGCACCUGUACAGAGAUGGGGGCCUGUUUCUUCAAAACAGUGUCCUUAUGCCUUUAGUUUAGUGGUACAGAACUGGUAACCUUGCUUCAUGUAAACCCAGUCACAGGAAAACCAGAGCCUAUUGAUAUGUGUGCAUUAUUCAUAACUGAUGAUCUUUUGGACACAAUAGUCAGUCAGACUGAUAUAUAUGCUCAGCAAAAAAUAAAUGCAGCACCACUGACAAGGAGGUCAAGGCUCAUUGCAUGGAAACCCACAACAAGGAAUGAAAUAAAAAAAUCCUAGGUAUAAUACUUUACAUGGGAAUUGUUGGUAUGCCAGAGAUUUCUUCUUAUUGGAGUAAAAACAAGUUGUAUACUGGCUCUAUUAGCAGUGUGAUGACCAGAGAGAGGUUUGAAAUCCUUCUUAGGUGUAUACAUUUCAGGGAUAAUUCUGAUGUUGAUGACCCACUUGAUCCAUUAUUCAAAGUCAGACCCUUGGUCACAGCCAUUAGAGACCGCUGCCAGGCUGUUUACAAGCCAGGUCCCAUGGUUGUGAUUGAUAAGAGUAUGGUACCCUGCAGAGGCAGAAGUAAGGUUAAGCAGUAUAUUCCUGGGAAAGCACAUAAAUAUGGCUUCAAGUUGUACAAGGUGUGUACUCCAAGUUAGUAUACAUGGAAUUUCAAGAUUCAUUCAGGCAGUCAAAGAAAGCAUCAGGGGACUAAACUCCACUGAAAGCCUAACAGUAGAACUAUGUGAAGAACUAUUAGAUAUGGGCACCACUCUUUAUGCUGAUAACUACUAUUGCUCAUUGACACUAACAGAAUACCUGUUGAAAAAGAAAACUUACCUUUGUGGAACCCUAAACAGCACAAGAAAGUACCUUCCCAAGGAAGUAACUGAAAGCAAACUAAAGAAAAAUUAAACGAAAGGACAGGAGAACAGCAAUGGUAUCAAAGUUUUCAAAUGGAGGGAUAAAAGAAAUGUCCUGACUAUCUCAACUGUCUCUGAACACAGUGAUCAACUAGUUCCCAGUGGCAAGGUAAACAGAUGUAGAGAAGAGGUUUUCAAACCACAAAGUGUAAUGGCAUACAACAAGACAAAGAAAGGUGUGGAUGUAUCUGACCAGUACACAUCCUACUACAGUCUGCUAAGAAAAAGCAAAAAAUGGUACAGAAAGUUGGCCUUUGAACUGCUCACUGGAUUAACAGUUGUAAAUGCUUGGGUUCUCCAUUGCCAGGACUUCCCUAGGGCUAAGACGAGUCAGCUGCAAUUUCGAGUCUUUAGUGUAUUCCCUCAUUGGAGAAGAGCCUAAUAACAUUAGACCUGAAAAAAGUCCUGGAGUCAUAUCAGGAAAAAGAAAUCCUCAUAGACUGACUGAGAAAGGUGGGCCUAAGAGUAACACAAGAAAAAGGUGUCGUGGCUGCUAUGAAAAGAUCUAUCUUUCUGAAGGCUUCAAGGAAGCAAGAAAUAAAGCGAGAAGGAUGAACACAUUCUGCUCUGAGUGUGAGGAUAAGCCACACCUAUGUAUUACAUGCUUUGCAGAGAAGCAUGAUACAUGAAAUACAUGUCUUUCUUUUCCAUGUAAGGAGAAAAAAAAAAAAAAAAAUUCAUGAUAUAUGUUACUGUACUAAAAAUUAAUGUUUUUUUGAGUCUACAUAUUACAAUACUAUCUUUGAAUGUUACUGAAAGGAUUUCAGUGGCAUAGUGUUUUUUUUUUUUUUUUUUUUUUUUUUCAUAUGUAUCAUUAGUCUUGUUUUUUAUUCACAUUUUCAGUUCAGCGUGGGGAGAUUGUAUUUUUUUAUGAAUUAUCUUUUGGAUAUCAUUGAAAGAAUUUGAGUGACAUAAUGCAUUUUUUCAUAUGGAUGUAGCAUUUAUCAUUAUUUGUUUUUCUUUUUUUUAUGUCACAUUUUCUGUUUUACAUGGGAAAAUUAUAUUUUUCUUAUUAAUUGUCUUUGAGUGUUAUUGAAAGUAAUUCAGUGCCAUAAUUCACUUUUUUUCAUAUAUAUAAUUCAUAAUUAUAUAUGUUUUUCAAUUUCACAUUUCAAGUUCUGCAUAGGACCUUAUAUUUUUGUGUUUUUUUUCACAAUUUCUUACUAUUCUUAUGAAAAACAUACUUUAUAUUGAGUUUUGGAGUCUCAACAUAUUGUUUUGAAAAUACAUUGAAAUACAAAUUAG